AUGAAGAAGAGGGACGCAUUAAGGUAUAUGCACGCUUUGUGCGCAUUGUUCCUCCUGGGGGCUGAGGCGAAUUCCAAUGGAGUGGAGCUUCUUUCAGGUAGAAGCAGAGUUACCCGAGCAGUUGGGCGGGGAGGAAGUAGUGCCAACAGUAGCGGCAACAGUAUCUGCAGCAACAGGAGGAGAGUCGCUCUGAAACGCCACCUCAGGGGAGAUUCCUCGCAACCAGAAUGCGACACAAAAAGUAAACAGAACGUAGUGAGGUACUUCAUAUCACCGGGAGGGCACCGUAUGGAAGACUUAGACCAGGGGAUAAAAAGGAAGAUCAAGCGCAUCGGGCGUACAAAACAGAUCGAACGUAAUAGCCGAACCAAACAAUUCGCGCUACACAUGGAUAAGAGCAAGGGAGAUCCUAGCGACCAUAUGUUUAGCCUGAUCCGAGGGGGGGAGAAUAAGCAAGGGCAGACAUUCCCUCCAGGAGUAACAAACAAGUAUGUACAGAAAAAAACGAAUGUUGACGAUGGAACGGAGAAUCGUCGUCGUUCCCCGGAGGAAGACGACGUGACCUACAAAUACGUAGAAGAAAUGGAAGCAAAAAAAAUUAACAUCAGGGGAGUUGACAUAGAAUAUCGAGUAUACAAUUUAGAAGAAGGAAUAUACAUUGUGGAUAAUGCAAAUUAUGAGAAAAUAAAGAAUUUAUGGGAUAAGGACGAAUUGAAGAAGGCUAAAGAAAAUUUCGAAGGAUCCUUUGGAAUAAGAAGCCAAGGCAUUAAAGAGGAGGACUGGAUUAUGCUCCCGCUAGAUUAUGAAGAAGACAAAAAUAUAAAAUUGGUGAAGGCAGAUUUUGACAAUCCCACGUAUGAUUAUAUAAUUACCUACUAUGAUAAGGAAAGGAAUUACUACUUUGAAUAUAAAAGGAGAAAUUAUUACAAACCUUUUCGAAACACAGUGCAUGAAACACCACCAUACAAAUCUGAUUUAGAGGAAGACAGAAGAUAUUAUGGGAAAGAAAUUAUCAUACCCAAGAAAAAGCUAGAUAAUGAAAUAUUUAGGCAACCAAUGUUAAGUGAUGUUUUGACAGGGGGGUGCAAUAGAGAACCCAUAGGAUUAGAAUCUUGGAGGUAUGUAAAAUAUCCAUAUGGAAAUUUAAUAGAGUAUCAAAAAUACAGCCAACUUUAUUGUGUUAAAAAAAAUGGGAAAGAUAAACCCGUUAUGAGAUAUCAUUAUUUGGGGAAUAGCAAUUUAGCGGUUUCUGAAAUUUGUUUAGGUACCAUGAAUUUCGGAAAUUAUGUGGAUCAGAAAUUGGCCCACGAGUUAUUUGAUUAUGCUUAUGAGGAAUUCCAGGUGAAUUUCUUCGAUACGGCCGAAAUAUAUCCUUUACCUGUUAGCGAGAACUACUUUGGGUUGUCGGAGGAAAUUUUAGGGAACUGGAUUAAGGCUAAGGGGAAGGCCAAUCGGCACAAGUUUGUCAUCGCGACGAAGAUAUGCGGCAGGACCGAUAGGAUUCCUUGGGCUAAGAAGUACAAGGGGGGGAAGACUACUGGAAAGGAGGCUGGUGUAGGUGUAAAUAUGCAUGGCUCCGGGGGGGAUGCACCAGGGAAUGGACAGGGCAACCGCGACCAGAACGACCGAUACCAGAACGACCGAUACCAGAACGACCGAUACCAGAACGAUCAAUACCAGAACGACCGAUACCAGAACGAUCAAUACCAGAACGACCGAUACCAGAACAACCGCUACCGGGAGGAGAGCAGAAGCCCCAUGGAAAAGCUCGAGGAGCUAAAAAGAAAGGAGGAAUUAUAUUUGAAGGAGGACUAUGAAGCGUUGGAAAAAAUGAAAGAAAUGGAAAAGUGGAAGCAGAGUCAGACAGAUGACAAUCUGAUCACACUGAGCAAGGAAAAUAUCAUUUCAAGUGUGGAUAACUGCUUGAUGAGACUGAAGACGAAUUACAUCGAUCUGUUGCAACUGCAUUGGCCGGACAGGUACUAUCCUGAUCAGUCUUCAGGAGAUUAUAGUAAUGUGCUUUACGAUUAUAAUAAGUACACUGAUGAUUUUGUGCCCUUUAUAGAGCAGCUGCAAGCAAUUAAUGAGUUAAAAAAAAAAGGGAAAAUUAGAGAAUGGGGAUUAAGUAAUGAAACUCCCUUUGGGUUACUCAAAUUUUACGAUCUAUGCAAACAGUUAAAUAUAUCUCCACCCGUAUCGGUGCAAUUAGAAUACAAUUUAUUAUGUCGUAAUGAUGUAGAAAAAGGGUUUCUUGAAAUUUGUAGACCUCAAAAUACUAAUGUUUCUAUUUUGGCUUAUUCACCCCUAUGUGGCGGCAUCUUAACGGGGAAAUAUUUAGAGUACACGGAUUACACCACCAAAGGAAGAAUGUUGAAAUUUCCUUCCUACAUGAAGCGGUUGCGAGGGUCUAUAGCUACUUAUAUAAUUCGGGAACUGUAUUAUUUAAGUCAGAAAUACUACUUCCCGAACUUGACUGUGGCCGCCCUAAAAUGGGUGUACACAAGAUCGUUCGUUACGUCUACUGUUAUCGGAGUAUCCGAUUUUUUGCAGCUUCGGGAAAAUUUGUACUCGCUUACAGAGGAUGUGCUUUUUACGGACAAAUUGGAGCGCGAGAUAAACGCGUUGCACUGGAAAUUCAGGGAUCCCAUCAGGAUCAUCCAGUGA